AUGAUAGCCAGUGCGCUCAAAAUGCAAUUGGUUGGAGAUUCUCAUGGCAAUUAUCGUUACGUAAAGCCAUAUACCAAGCGGAUUGACAAGAUGAAAAUGCCAAGUAGCUAUCAACCUCCAAAAUUUCAACAAUUUGAUGGCAAGGGAAACCCUAAGCAGCAUAUAGCACAUUUUGUGGAGACUUGCAACAAUGCUGGGACCACAGGAGAUUUGCUUGUUAAGCAAUUUGUUCGUUCCCUUAAGGGAAUCGCCUUCGAUUGGUACACAGAUCUUUCACCAGAAUCCAUCAGCAGUUGGGACCAGAUGGAGGAAGAGUUCAUGAACAGAUUUUACAAGUGCAAGGAUCGCCUGUCAGAAACUUCUGCUGUGGAGAUGUGCAUUCAAGGUAUGAAAUGGGAUCUUUUGUACAUUUUGCAGGGUAUCAAACCAAAAUCUUUCCAGGAAUUGGCAACAAGGGCCCAUGAUAUGGAGCUUACUAUCGCCAACCGUGAAGGAAGUUCUUCAGAGUACAAGAAGGAGAAGAAGGACUUCAAGAAGAAUGACAAGCCUUUCAAGAGUUCUGCAAAGGAGUCUUUUGCAGUCACCACUACGUCUGCUCCGGUGAAGAUAUCUGCAAAACCAAAAGAUGAACAAAAGAAAGGGUCAUUUGUUAAGAAUGGUAAGAAAGAUAGACUCACGUUGAAAGAAUUGCAGGCUAAGAAGUAUCCCUUCCCAGAUUCUGACUUAGCAGGAAUGUUGGAGGAUCUGCUCGAGAAGAGAAUUAUAGAAUUGCCCGAUUCCAAGCGACCGGAGGAGGCGGGGAGAACAUCUGAUCCGAACUACUGUCGUUACCACCGUUUGGUAAGUCAUCCUAUCGAGAAGUGCAUCACACUGAAGGAGAAGAUCAUGCAACUUGCCAAUGACGGGAAGAUUGUUCUAGAUCUUGAUGAUACGGUGGAAUCAAAUCAUGCUUCAGUUAUUUUGGAAGCCUUCCCAUCAACGACCAAGUGA